UUUAUUUCAUGAACAUUUUAAAUAUAUCACAAUUAAUUAUUUACAAAGCCAUGUCUUUAUUUGUGUCCCCCUGCAUUUGAUCAGGGCAACAGGCUUCUGUAACAUGAGCUUGUGUUCAGGGAGAUGAUGGGGUCACCCGAUCUCGUCUCACAAUGACACAACUUCUCAGUGCUCCCCUGCUCAGGUGUCCCACUUUAUCACAAAGUGUCUGUGUCUGUGUCUGUGUGAAGGAGACCAAUGAAGACCAAAAAUGUUCUACAGAAAACUGAAAUGUUUCAAGCUAAUCGGACCAAAUGGAUUUUAUAACUCAAUUGGAUAAAUCUAAAUCUGAAAGUAUAUAUUUAAGAGUUUUUAAUAUGAAUGUAUGAAGUAAGAAAUGGCAAAUUUAGAGGAGUUGGAGUCUACCACAGGUGUUGAGGUUGAGGCUGAUGUAAAUGGAGAAUCCAUACCCAACACAGAGAGCACCCAUAUAGAUUCACAGGGGACAGCGGAGCACAUUGUUUCCGAGAGAAUAGAGGUAGUCUCUGUAACAGAGGAUGACAUUCCUGCUAUCGAUACACCAAACACGCUCAAAGUCAGUCCUCUUGACUGUCCAAGUGCCAGUACUGCACCUGACAGCAACAUUGUCAAACCAGCUUUUGAAGACACAUCAGAAACCCAAAUCAAUGCCUCGACCCAGCCCAGCUCCUCAAUGCCAGUUACCAAAGUCCAACCCUUUGCUACAGCUGAGGAGAAAACACUGCGUGGAAGUCUGUUUGCACGUCGGAUGGAAAUACUUAUUGGGGCAUGUGUACUUCUCGUCCUCAUCUUUGUGCUUGCCGUUGGACUGGGAGUGGGAUUGAGUUGUAUGGGAAAGUUUCGGUGUGGUUCCUCUGGAUGCGUCAGCAUGUCUGCGCAGUGUGAUGGCUAUGUAGACUGUGAACAUGGAGAAGAUGAGCUCAGCUGUGUGCGUUUGAGUGGUAAGAGCUCUGUACUUCAGGUGCUUACUGAUGGGGUCUGGAGAACUGUUUGUGCUGAUGGCUGGGACUCUGAUCUUUCCCUCUCUGCUUGCAAACAGCUCGGCUAUUCCAGAUAUGUGGAGUCAAAGUCCCGUCCUCUGUCUUCUAUUGAGCAGGACUUCCAAAUAAACCUUGUGUCAAUAAGUCUGAACUACACAAAUACCAAGCAGGUCAUCAAGAUACACAGCAUAACUAAUAUCAGUAAAUCCCAGUGCAGUUUGGGGAGGGUAAUAACACUGAAGUGUUUAGCAUGUGGUUCCAGACCUCAGUUCAGUGCUCGUAUAGUUGGUGGAAAUCUGUCAAUUGAGGGCCAGUUUCCAUGGCAGGUCAGUUUACACUUUAAAAAUGAGCACCUGUGUGGAGGCUCCAUUGUAUCAUCUUACUGGAUGCUGACUGCUGCACAUUGUGUGUACGGGUUCGCAUUUCCUACUUUUUGGUCAGUGUAUGUGGGAUUAAUAGAACAGCCAGUGAAUGGUGCAAAGGCCCUUUCAGUGGAGAAGAUCAUAUAUCACAGUCGCUAUAGACCCAAAGGCUUGGACUAUGACAUUGCUAUGCUUAAACUGGAGCAGCCUCUCAACUUCAAUGGUUUUGUCGAGCCUAUCUGUCUGCCAAACUUUGGCGAGGAAUUUGAAGAUGGCAAGAUGUGCUGGAUCUCAGGUUGGGGAGCCACUGAGGAUGGGGGUGAAGCUAGUGUGUCUAUGCAUUCAGCAACAGUACCACUGAUCUCCACUAAGGCCUGCACUCAGCCGGAUGUUUACCAAGGUUACAUAUCACCAGACAUGAUAUGUGCGGGGUACCUAGAGGGAGGAACAGACUCCUGCCAGGGUGACAGCGGUGGUCCGCUGGCUUGCGAGGAUUCCUCUAUCUGGAAAUUAGUAGGGGCCACGAGCUGGGGCCAAGGGUGCGCAGAAAAGAACAAACCUGGCGUUUACACACGCAUCACACAGUCCCUAACUUGGAUACGUAUGCAGAUGGAGAGAGAAGAAAUGAUAACUCCUGCAACUACCAGCUAUGAUUAAUGAUUAAACAAUUAUGUUUAAUUUUUAAAUACACAUAAAUAAAUAAAUUCUGUAAUUACAUGCGAGACAGAAAUUGUCAUGUGCAUUCAAACUGGAAAAUAUUUUAUUUGCUGUAAGUAGUCUUAUGCCAACCCGCUACAGUACUUGCUUUUGUUUAAAGUAUAAUAACCUGCCAAACUU